AUUCGUUUCUUGUGCUCCUAUCUCUUUACCCAGGCCAAUAACUUUUGAUACGGGACAGAGUAUUGGCGAAUUAUCGUUUCCCCAAUCUCAGUACCAUAACAAGUCAUGGCCGACCCUAAGAGGGUCGUUAGUUUCGAUGCAAUCAUCCAAGCCGACCGCCAGAGAAAGAAGAACGAAGCGCUAGCCAACGAGAUUUUUGGCAGGAAUAAACAAACCAGAGGCGACUCCCGUAGUUCAAGCAAAGUAUCGACGAGGACACCGGACCUUGCCAGCAGAAUCACAAAGGCCUCUUCUCAACAACGCUCGUCGUCCGUAGCGAGCACCGCCUCGGCCAGAAACAAUACGCCCUCUAGACCCUCUUCCACGACCCCUCAACAAGCACGCGCGUUACGGCUCGCCUCUGCGCUCGAAACGACACAGCAACAGGCCAAUAUCGUCACGCCUUCACGUCGUAGUACAAAAGGCUCUGGUCUUGGUCUCAGCAUAAAAGGCAAAGCGGGACCUUUUGCCGUCGAGGCGAGCAAUUUCGCGCCCGGCACCACGGCCGCAGACAUCGAAUCGGCGUUGCAAGGAGAAACAAUCGACGACAAUGGCGCGAGCGGGAUGCUGUCCUGUCGUAUCGUGGCGACCGCACCUGCGGUGGUGGCGGAGAUGAUCUUUUCCGAACGACACAUCGCAGAUAGGGUGAUUUCGACCUACAACAACCAGAGAGCCGACGGGCGAAUCCUACACCUCUACUUGAAACAGUCCGGUUCAGGUCCUACACCCCUUCCAGCAGGGAACGCCAUCGAUACAGACCCAUUACCACCGGAUGCAAUGGCAUCAGACCAACACGGUGACGACAAUGGCACGGAAGACAUUGAAAUGGAAAGUGAAGUUCCUUUGGCGCAGGACGAUCGAGACCGCGAACGCGACAGACGACCUGCCAAAUCUGAUUCUGACAGCCGUGAUGGAAGACGCGACGACUACGACGACAGAAGAGACGACGACCGCCGAGAUAGGGAUCGAGAUCGAGACAGAGAGCGAGAACGGGAACGAGAACGAGAUAGGGACAGGGAGCGUGACCGUGAUCGGGAGAGAGAUCAACGCUACGACCGCCGGGGCGACGACAGAGGUCCAAACUCCUCGUCCUACCGCGACACCGCCAACAAGGCCAACAACGCCUACAACAAUAACAACAAUUACAACUCUCGACCCUCCCAUUAUGGCAACGGCGUAGGAGGGCCUGGGCGAGGCAUGUACGGCGGUGGUCCCCCCGGCGGCAUGUACCAUCGAGGAGGGCCUGGGCGGAUGUACAGUGAUGGUCGAGGUGGACGAGGUGGUUUCGGUUCGGGAUACAGAAGGGGAUAUUAGCAAUAUCCGCCCUCGUCGUCGUUAUCCUGAACACUUGAGGGGUUGGGGUUGGUCUUUCCCGGCCUGGUCUACGCCUUUGUUUCUCUCCCUUCAUCAUUCUUGUUUCAAAAAAGAAGGGAAAAAACAGGUGGAUGUUUUGAAUUGAAUGGGGUGACAAGUGGGGAUCGAUAUCAUAAGGAGGUAGUCAGUCGCAAGCACCCAAGCGAGUUUCGACAUUUCGAAAUCAAAACUAAAAUUGAAGAAAUGAUGUUU